AUGAUUUUAGAGAUUAUCAACAAUAAGCGAGAAAAAAUUAUUUCUAACACACCCUUAGAUUAUGUUAGCCUUUAUGAGGAAUGCUGGUCUUCUAUGCCAGCCAAACGUCCAACACUAGAUGAGGUUUUAAUCAAACUUAAAAUGCUAUCUGCAGAAACAACCAUUGAAUUUAUUGUAAAUAACAUGGAUAUAGAUACUAAAGAUAAUUCUAUUAAAGUCAAUAUUGAAAAAAAGUAUUCUUCAGUUGAUGAAAUUAUCAAAGAAUCUGGUGUCAAUUUUUAUAAUGAAUUUUCUGAUUUUGAGAAAGUUGGCGAGAACACAUACUGGAAAAGUCGUGGACUCAUAGUUACCCUAAAUAAUCUAAAUAUAGACGAAACGGUUAUCCGUGAAUCUAUUAAAGAGGUUUAUAAUAAAUUUAAUAUAAAGUGUCUAAAUAAUUCUUUAUUAUUAUGUAACUAUUUUAAUUCUUUAUUAUAG